GUGAAAUCAAACACAGAGAAGAAAAGAAAAAUAGGAAUAAGAAGAGCAAAAAUGGUGUGUUUCGCUACCUCCCCAAAUUUUUGUGCUUUACUCUAAAAUCAGAAACUACUGAAGGGAAGGGGAGCUUCGAUAUGGAGGUGAAGCAUGAAACGCAUCAUCUUUACUUACUCUGUUCUGAUUCAAUACCGUCGAGCAUCUCGACCUUCCCUUGAUUCUCAAAUAUAUUGGAAUUUGAUCAUCUGGCCGUCAUUUCUAUUUUGCUCCCCCAAAGUUGCCCAGGUCCUCCCAAAAUAACAACAACAAAGACCCAACUUCGGCAAAUUCUUCGAUCUUUCACUUUUCCACAAUUUCUCUGUGGGAUGAUGAUUGUUAGUUCCUAAUUAUACAUGGUUCUUAAUUGAUUUCGUUGUUUGACUCCAUUAACACUGAAAAGAUUGAAUUUUUUAUUACCUCCUACCUUUGUUAGAUUGUCCUUCUUCUUUUUGUUUUGGAUGUCAAUUUAUAGCUCUGAAGAACGACUGGGUUCUUUCGUUUUGUGUUUCUGUUUUCAAAGUUCAGAACUUUUUCGAAACAUGGGAUAGUCUACUAUGAGGAAUAUAGGUAAAGGGUGCCGAUAAGGAUUUUGGCAGUGAUGAUGAACACGCCGCCCACCGGAGGCCGGCUCAGGGAGGCAGUGAAGGAUUAGAGAAGAUGAUGGAAUUUUGACUUCUUGGAAUUUUCUUUAAACCAACCGAUGACUGACACGUAUUUCGUCCGCGUUUUUCCAACUACACUGACGUCCUCUUCUGAUCGCUGCUGCUUAACCAUGAAUCUCUUUCUUUCUCCUGUUACAAAGAAUAUAGUAUGUAUAAAUAAUGAGCUGUUAAGUGGUAGAGAAGUUGCUUUUCCAGAUGAGGAUGAAUUCGGUUUGCAAGGUUAUGACAAGUUCAGUUUGCUGGGUGAGAAUGGAAUUGAUUUGCAAGGUGAGGAAGAAGAUGAUUUAGUAAGUGAGGAUGAAGUUGAUGUGCAAACUGAGGAGACUUUUCAAUGUAAUGAUUCUUCUUUAAGUUCAAAUGAAGACAAACAGAAGAAAGAAGAACUAUAUAUCGGAAUGGAGUUUAGUUCUGAUGAGAGCGCGUAUAAAGCUUAUGCUAAAUAUGGAGGAAAAUCUGGUUUCAAUGUGAGAAAACAACGAAAGAAGAGAAACAACAAGGGUUUGGUUGUAAGGUUGCUUUAUUGUUGCUCAAAAGAAGGUUACCGAAAGACCAGAACAAAGAGGGAAACAUCUUAUUCAUUACCAGUUACAAGGGUCGGUUGUAAAGCCCAUAUGAGUUGCUAUCGUCAAAGCAACGGAAAAUUCCAGAUUGUGUCGUUUGAGACAAAUCACAAUCAUGAGUUGAUUAAAACACCUAUGAAGCAUAUGUUAAAGAUUAAUCGAAGUUUCUCUAAAGCUCAAAAAGAACAUGCUGAUGAUGCUGAGAUGUUAGGAAUUUCAGCAAAAGCAACAGUUGGAUUGAUGAGUAGAGAAGUUGGGGGACGAGAGAAUCUUGGUUUUAUGGAAAAGGACUAUCGGAAUUACAUACAUCGAAAGCGAAGGGUGAAGAUGGAAAAAGGAGAUGCUGGAGCUAUAUUGCAAUACUUCCAAAAAAUGAAAGAGGAUAAUUCAUCUUCUUUUUAUUCAAUGCAACUUGAUGAGGAUGAUAUGAUCACGAAUAUUUUUUGGGCAGAUGAGCGUUCAGUAAGUGAUUAUGGUCUUUUUGGGGACGUCGUUUGUUUUGACACAACUUAUCAGACUACUGAAUAAGGUAGACCAUUUGCUCCAUUUGUUGGGGUCAAUCAUCAUAAGCAAACAGUGGUAUUUGGUGCAGCUUUAUUAUAUGAUGAAACCAUUGAGUCCUUUAAGUGGCUUUUUGAGACUUUUCUUGGAGCGAUGUCUGGAAAGCAACCAAAAACCAUACUUACAGACCAAUCUGCAGCAAUGGCUAGUGCAAUAGCAAAAGUAUUUCCUGUAACUUAUCAUAGACUGUGUUUGGCAUAUUUACCAAAAUGCAGCAAAGAGGUUAAGUCGUGUGUUUCACGGAUCAGAACAGUUUGCUCAUGAUUUUGGAAAGUGUGUAUAUGACUAUGAGGAUGAAGAUGAUUGGUUAUUGGCAUGGAGUAAUAUGCUCGAGAAACACAAUUUGAAGGAGGAUAAAUGGUUAAAGAAUUUGUUUGAUUUGAGAAAAAAAUGGGCAUUGGUAUAUGGGCAGCAUACUUUUACUGCAGAUAUGAUGAGUACACAACGUAGUGAAAGUAUGAAUAAUAUUUUGAAAAAAUACUUGAAGCCUAGUUAUGACCUGUUGUGCUUCUUUGAACACUAUGAGAGAGUUUUGGCUGAUCGACGAUAUGAAGAAUUAAUUGCUGACUUCAAGAUGAUGCAAACCUCUCCUGUGUUAUCUGCUAACGUAGAGAUGUUGCAACAUGCAGAGGAGGUGUAUACCCCAGAAGCUUUUAGACUCUUAUAGCAACAAUACACAAGUAUUGGUGAUUAUGUUGCUAAUAAAGUUAGCAAGUCUGAGAUGAAAUAUGAAUACAAAGUAUCUUAUCGUGGUGUUGCUCGAGAGCAUUUGGUAAAAUUUGAUGCUUCAGAGCAAACAAUAACUUGUAGUUGCAUGAAGUUUAAUUUUGUUGGGAUUUUAUGCCGUCAUGCAAUGAAAGUGUUGGAUAGGAAGAACGUAAGAAGAAUCCCUCCUACUUGCAUAUUAAAUCGAUGGAGUAAAGAAGCUAAGGCAAGAAGCAUCACUUGUUAUCAUGGACCAAAGACUAAUGAAAAUCUCAAGCAGUCGAUUGGAAAGCGGUACAGCCAUUUGUGAGAUUGCAUCCUUUGCUGCAGAACAUGAGGAAUUAACAAAGUAUGCAGAUGAAUAUGCCAUCGAGUUGCUUAAAAAUUUGAAAGAAAAGAAGAAGAAACUUUUGAAAGAAGAUGCAUGGGUGAUUCAAACUUCAGAUGUUGGAGCUUUGGAAGGUGAAGUAUCAAAUGCACGUGGAGUUAAAAGAAAAGCUACUGUUGGACGACCACGCGGUCGUCAUGGUAGAUUUAAAGGUGUUCUUGAAGGGAAAAAUUGUAAAGCCACAUUUAAAUCGUCAACAUCUGUAGCAAGUAAAGCCGCAAAGAAACAACUAUCCUUCCAGGUAUUUAUUUAACAAUUUGACAAACAAACUAA